UAUUAAUAUCUGUCUUGUUGGGUCUGGUCACACUGGAAACUGGAAACUAGGCCAACUUCAUGCCAACGCGUCCACCAAAAACGCGUGCGGCGGACGUAGCUUGGAGUCCUCAAGCCCGAAGACUUCGGCUAAUAUUAUUCACAUCAUGUCUCUGCGUCUUCGUUAUGAUUAUUUUGCGUAUUAUGGGGGAAAUACACGCGUCCAACCGUUAUCACAUUCGGUUGUCAACAGUUCAAGCAGUAACAGAAUCUAAGACAAAUUCCAGUCGUUCCACAGGAGAAAGGAAUAGAACUGGAUUGAACGUCAUGCUUCGUUUUGCCAAGAGAAAGCUGGUGGUGAGGAAACUGUGUGCAUCAAGAUCAAGACGAGAAGCACGUCUCACACCAAUGCGACUUCAAAGUCUCUAUGAUAAUCUCAUGGUUAAUGACAAACUUAGAUUUAUCUACUGCUACGUCCCAAAGACGGGUGUCACAUCAUGGAAAUCUGCUCUUUUAGUUCUGAUGGGUCAGGAGGCUUCAGUGGAAGGAAUCAAAGAUGUCAAUCAAAGGUCGAGAUACACAUAUCUAUCUAGAUAUAAUACAAAUCAAGAGAAAUUGUGGAGACUGGAACACUACACAAAGUUUAUGGUAUUCAGAGAUCCUCUAGAGCGUCUAAUCUCUGCAUAUGUUGAUAAGUUUGCUUCUCCGGGUAUUAAUGUGCCAUUUCACAAAACAUAUGGCAGGAAAAUCAUUUCCCUGUACAGACCAAAUGCAACAGUGGAAAGUCUAAAGCAUGGAUCAGAUGUCACGUUUCCUGAGUUUGUGCAAUUUGUGUUGGAUGGUUACGAAAAUGCACAUUGGAUGCCAUCAUCAAAGAGAUGUCAACCAUGCACUAUUGGGUAUGACUACUAUGCUGCCACUGAAACAGCAAGUGAAGAUGCUGGUCUAAUUUUCCAUGCCCUUGGUGCUCCUGAGAGUCUGUACUUGCCACAUGCAAAUGAAAAGAAAAGAUCCACUAAUGCCACAAAGUUUUAUUCAUUGCUAAGAAGAAAUCAGUUACAACAGAUUAUCAACUUGUUUAAGGACGAUUACUUAAUGUUUGGAUACCGAGAGCCUGAUGUAGACACACAUUGACAUAAUUAACCAGUAAAUAGUUUUAAUUAAGUCAAUAAACACAUGUUCAUCAAAACGUCGUGCAAGCAUCAAUGGUACAGAA